GGAAAGAUCAGCUAGAAUUGGAGAGCAGAACGACAUCCUCAGUUUCACAAGUUGCCCCAGAAAUUCCUGAAGUUGUGGAAGAAGCAAACAUUUUACCACCCACAAGUGAGUUAAAGGGUGUACAGUAUUCCCCCCAACUGCCUAAAAUAGAAGAGCCGAUGGUGCCAAAAGAAGAAUCUAAUCUGAAAUCCGUCGAGGUAAAAAAAAAGGAUGAGACUGAAUAUAGAGUUUGUGAAGAAGCUGGAAGAGACUCUGGAAACGUGGAAGCUUCUGUGGUUGCAGAAUUUGUCACAGGACUUAUUGAAUCUGUUCUUAGAGACGUUGACUUACAAUCACAGAAAGAUCCGCCAGAGUUGGAAAGUGUCAAAACAUCUUCAGCUCACCAAAUUGUCACAAGAAUCCCUGAAGUUAUUUUGGAGGAAGGAAAGAUCUCACCACCCACAAGAAAAUCACUCACUCCACAAAUGCCUAAAAAAGAGAAGGCUGGAGUGACAAAAGAAGAACCCAUCAAGGAGAAACAUCUAGAUGAUAAAGAACAUGAACAUGUUUGCAAAUUUUCAAUCCUCCAAGAACCAGGAAAGGACUCUGGAAGUGUGGAUGCUUCUGCCGGAGCUGGAUUCAUAACAGGAUUUAUCGAAUCUCCUCUUUGUAGAGCUGAUGACUUACGCUCACAGAUAGAGCCGCAAGACUUGAAAAGUGGGACAAAAUCCUCAGCUCCACAUAUUGUCGCAGGAAGGCCUCAAGUUGUUGUUUCGACAGAAGAAAAGAUUUCACCACCCCAAAGAAAGUCAAAGUCAAAACCUCCUUUUGAAGAAGCCACAGUGUUCAAGCAAAUGUCCUCAUAUUCUAGGGACCAAACUGAAGAACCGAGAAAUCCACAGCCACCGAAAAGAAAGUCAAAGAGCUCAACAGCCUCUCUAGGAAUUCCUCAAAUGGGGACACAGAAGACAAAAGAAUCUGAGAGACUGAGUUCCAGUGUGGGAUUUGCUGAAACCACAGUAGAAGAAGAUGAAGUAGUGACAGCAACCUCAGAGAGUGUGACAAUGUUACCAGAAACUCAGAAAGGGAGAAAACCCCAAAAUCCCACUGAGCCAAAUAUUGCCAUCUGUGAAGGUUUUGGCCCUGGAAGUAGAGUAAAGUCAACAGCUCAACAGAGUGUAAAAACUGCACCGGAUGCUACUGUUCUAGGGGAGAGAAACCCAUCACCCCCCAAAAGAAAGUCAAAGAUUAUGAAGGCUUCUGCAGAACCCAAGAAAACCAUCAGCAGUGAGGUACCUAAUAUCCUAAAAUUGAAAGAGGCCAAGGAGGAUGAGACAAUCUCAGUAGCUGUUGAAGAAAGCACCUCUGAAAUGCUUGAAAAUGUGAUGGAAAGUGAUGUCACUAAACUUUCUGUUCUCACAGAAGAUCAGACAUCCAGAUCUCAGACCGUGACAGAAAUGAGCUUGGCUGAACAAACCAUGGUAUCAAUACCAACUGUUAUGGAGUUGGAAAUGCUAGAAACCACAAGGGAAAGAUGUGAAACGGCCAAAGAUCACAAAGUUGAGGAUGCCAACACAGACCUAGAAAAUACAUCUAUGGUUUUAGAUUUAAUCCCAGGGAGCGCAGAUGUGAAUACUUUAGAACUGAAUGUACAGAAUCAAGUCCGAGAUGAAAAACUUCCUGCUACGAGCAGAACUGAGCGGCAAAAUAUGGUCCAAGGGCCAUCUUCGACGGUUUUAGAAGCACCUCAACCAAAUGCGACAGAAUUGAUGGAAAUUGUAUUAUGUGAGAAGGCCAUGGAAAACACAUGGCAAACUGAAGCUCUUGUGGGAGCUUUGAAACUCAACCCGGAAGGAUUGAGGAAAACUGAGGAGCAUGAAGCCUCCGAGUCUAUAGAUGAUUUUCAAGAUACUCCCAUGACAAUUCACGUGGGGCCUGAUGUGUGCCUUCUACAAGUAGAGAUAAGAGCGAGUCAAGAGGAGCAAAAACACACACAGGAAACGGGAAAAAAAGAUGGAGAUAAACCGAUAACGGUUAAGUCACAAGUUGAAAAGCAAGAAAUGAGCACUGAGAGACACAAAAUUGGCGCUCAGAGCGAUGUGGGCAAACCUUUUUCUGUUGCUUUUAAUCCAGAUCAGCCUUCCGGAACCAAGAAAAAUGAAGUUCAGCCAAACCCGGAUAACAAGCCACCACAGCUCAUCCAAACCACGCUGGAAAAACCAAAGGAAGACAUUCAUCAAGUUCAACAAUCAUCUUCUGAUUGGCACAUAGGUGCUGCAAGUUUUCUGGAACCGGAAGAAAUUCAAAUGACUCUGAUGCACAGGAAGGAACCACAGCAGGAAUCAAGUGUUCAGAUUGAAAUCAAAACAUUAAAGACAUGUGAUAUUGAGCCCAAUGAGUCUUCAAUGAGAGUGCCACACGAAGUGCCCGAGUGCCUCACUGAAAUUCUCUCACAUCCUCAUCUCGAUAUGACAUCUCAGGCCCAAACAGAGCAGAAGAAAAGCAAUGGGACCAAGGAGGAAUCUGAAAGUGGAAAGGUACCACAAGAUGUUCCCCACACGGGCCCCACAACUACCACCUUCAAGAAAAACGAAGCAAGUGUUGAGCAGUCUGAAUUAGAUGCCUCCAAAAGAUCUCGAUUGACAGACAUCUUCUCUGAUACCCGGGCAAUCGCAGACACGGAACUUCUCAAAGAGGAGUCAUGUGAGGAUUGUUUAGCAGUGCUGAUGAGCUCCCCCGCCGGUGACCUGGAUGGUCUCCUGUGUAGGCUGCUUUCAAAUCUCCUGAGUUGUAAGAAUCAGCCAGCUGAGCUUCCGCUGGCAGCCAUGAGCCAGCAGGUGAAGGAGGCUGAGAAAUGUCGUGCCGUGGCCCAGGACCGGGGAGCUCUCCUGUGCCAGCAGAAGGAAGCGGAAUUUGACAAGUCCGAAGCGCUGAAGUACAUGGAGGACAAGUGGAGCGCUGCUGCUCAAGAGGCAAACUUAGUCGUCCAAAACAAAGUAGACCAGCUUCAGGUUGUGCAGGAAUUCUGUCACCAGACUCACAAAGCUCAGACCACAUUGGAAAGACUGAAAGCUCAAUUGGAUGUUUUGAGACUCUCCCCGGCAGAGAGCAGCCAGGAGGAGGGCAACCACCUGAACUUCAUGAAAAGAACUCUCGAGGAGAAACGGACGCUCCUUGGGGAGUUGCUUGGCAUCCACAUAAAGCUGCAACCUCGACUUAGCCGCGCUCAUCAAGGAGCUGCGAAGAGUCUGCUUCAGACUCAACAUCAUGAAUGGAGAGAACUGGAGAGAGCUGUGGAGAAAGCAGCGCAUCAUAGAGACGUUCAGUCACAUAUCUGCAGCAAGCUUUUACUGGAGUUAUCCCAUCUGCGGGGACACUUAAAAUCAGUCAGUGAAGAAGUUGAAGCCGAACACCCUGAAGAAUCUUUGUGGGAUUGCAAGAAAGCAAAGCAGUUGAUAUGGGCACACGCCGAGGUAAAAGCUGCCCACGUUAAAUAUCUCCAUUUGAAAGAGACGUCAGAGGCGCUACCCCUGAGCUUAUGGCCAAAAGAAACAGUAGAAAUAAAGAAAGCUCUUCGAAAUGUCAAAGACCAAUUUUCUCUGACAGAGGAAUGGAUGUCCUCCCAUAUCCCCCAAACCAGUAAUCCCAUCAUUAAAAAGGUUCUGACACUGGGGAGGGAUGGCGUCUCGUGGACUAAGGCGCUUGGGAGUGAAAUUGAGUGCAGGUGCAGCAGGGUGUGCCUUCUGCCUGAGGAGGUUCACCAACAGCUCAGGGCACUUAAAAAGCUGCACUCUGAAGUCACCGUCAAACAGAGGCAACUCAAGUCACAGGUGAAGGCAGCUACGGAACUUCUGCCACAGCUGGACCAGACUGAGGAAAUGCCUGUGAUGCAUUCCCUGUUGGAAUAUCUUGAAGAGUGUUCAAAGUCAGUCGGAGAGAAGCUGUCCGUGGCCUUGACGGACAUAGAAUCGGGUCUGCAGGUCAGAGAAAAGCUGUCGGAACAAAUUGCAGAUCUUGACUCCUGGGUCAAGACUCGUCUGCAAAGAAAGACAUUGAAGCGAAUCAAAAUGCAAUUUACGAGUCCCGCUGAGGUUGAUGGCAGUGGUAUUGAGAUUCAGGAGACCCUUGUUGAGGCACAAAAGCAGUCUGCUGCCUGUGAAGCUCUUUUUAUGAAGACGAAAGACAUUGCUUCUGAGCUUAGCGUCACAGAGAGUUGCAAGCUUUAUAGCAAGCUUGUCAACCUCCAGGAAGACAUCAACAACAUUAUUACCCAUGAAAGGGUAAACAAACACGAGCUUGAUGAAGAUGUCCGAGCUAUGGAAUCACAUAAGAGGGAUCUUACCACUGUUGAAAAAAGCCUGAGGCAGAUGCGAGAAGACCUGAACAAAUUGAGGUUCCCUGUCACAACGGAAUCGCUGCAAGUUUUCGAAUCUUUCAAACACAUGCUUUUGGAGCACAUCUCCAAGAUUGACCUUCUCCAAUUCUGGAUUCACGAAGAGAAGACAAGGGAACUGUACUCAAUCACUGGCGACAUUAAUAACAAACUGACUGCCCUUCAAAUGAAGGCCAGAGACCAUGAGGACUACCUCAGUACAAGGCAGAGUGUGGAAGACCUUUCACAAGCUGUCGAGAAGCAGCUCAGUCAAACCAAGGAAGACACCCAGGUGGAGGAGAAAUACAAAAUCUACCAGGAGCUUCUUUUUCGCUUCCCUCUGAUCAAAAGACGAUGCCAGGAGGUUGAAUCAAAGCUCCAUAUGAUCUCGACUGACCUAAAUUCUUCCCAGCUAUUCUCAGAGCGCCAGAGACUUCAACAAAAUGAGGACCACGUUAAAAACCUGGAACUGAAAACCCUCAGCGAUCUCAGCGUUGUCGAGUGGUCGCUGGUUAAAGAACUCGAUCUCGACUCCGAGAGGAAAGCCAUGCGAGCCUUCCUCCGUGAUGCUCACCAAGAGCUUCAGAACCUUCCACUGAUGAUGCCAAAUGAAACAUGCAUUGAUAAGGAAUACAAGAGGAUCCUGUUUUUGAAAACGAUGGUUGAGUCACGAAUGAGAGCACUGGAGGUUCUGGAGCGUCAUAAAGGGAAGACGGAAGGAAUCAGAUCGUCAGAUCUUGAUGAUUUGAAGAAUUUCUUUCGACGUGAAUGUGACUCACAAAUGGACAAUAUUUCCGAUGCAAGGACAUCACUGAGAAACUACACCCAUACUAUUAAACAAGCACUGCAAUUCUUGAGGGACUUUGAGGUCUCUCUGUUGCCCAUUCCUGCCGUAACUGGAGUCUGCUGUGAAAAGUUGGAGGAGACGCAGGGUAUCUUGGCUACACUAGAGGAUCAUUUCCAGCCCUACGUAGACCAGUUAAGCCAAGUUGCCCUGCAUCCUUUCCUGUCCCCUGUGGAGUUAGAGCGACUCCAACAGACUAUUCUGAGCCAGCUCUUGGUGAGGAUGUCUACACUUAAAGCAAAGGGUUAUCUUCAAUUGGAGAAUCUCAGCAGCUGUGCGGAAAACUACAGAAAAUACACAAAACUCCAUGAAGAAAUGAGUCUAAGUAUUCGGAAAGCUGAGGCUAACCUGGAGCGGUCUGUUUCUCAGACGGUCAACUCGCUAGCCGACUGCAGUGAGCACCUGGAAAAACUGAAAGUUCUGCAAGAGGAUCUGGACUCUGUACAGAAGCAUCUCGAGGAGAUGGUAGAGUGGUGUCCAGAGCAAAGGUGCCGGGGACACCGGGAGAACUCCAUGGCUGUAGCCUGGAGAUGCGUGACAAACCUACGCCUUUGCUCACAACACUUGACUGCAAGACUCAAACAGAAGAUUGUAGACUGGAGUGACAUUACCCGCAGUGUGGAGAAAGCCUCCGCUUCGCUGCAGCAGGUGGAGGAGGAGCUCCCCGAUCCUGCCCCAUUGAUGGCCUCUACCAAGGAACUUCUUGACCUACAUCAUUGCUGGGAACAAUACCAGGAUAGACUGGACUGCGAGCAUCGCGCCCUUUCUGCCCUGGAAUUACGUGUUGCCAGGCUCCUGGGUGUCCCUGCCAACAUGGAACAAGCACCCCCGACUCCACUCUGUCAGCAGCUGCAAGCGAUGCAAACCGUCUAUGACACUAUUAAGCAAAGGAGCCAAGAAGGUUUGGAGUGGAUCAAGCUGGAACUGGAAGAGAGAGAAAAAGUGCAAGAAGAGCUGCAGGUGGUUUGGGUUUGGCUGACGGCUGCUGACAGUCUUUUGUCAGAGAUGGAUCCGAGCAGCAGGACAGCAGAACUGAAGGAGAUCCACAGCCAAUUAUGCAUCCAGAAAGCUCUGGUCCAUCGCAUCAAGGAGAGAAUGACGUCAAAGUACUUUGAAUCCGACAUGGUGCCUGUCGAGAUCGAUGGCAGACUUCAGGAGGUCCAAAAGACUCUGGAACAAGUCGAGGCUAAGGUUGAAGAUGCGAUUGAGAAGAGUGGACCCGUGCACAGAAUCGGAGCGAAGAUACUUGAGACGGAAGCUGGCCUGAGGUCAGUGCAGGAGAUGCUGGAAGACAGAAGUUGGAGCGUGGAAGAAGCAAAGCUCGCACAAAAGAUGGUGUGGGAUGAGCUGGACAAGUGGCACACAUGCGUUGCGGCGCUGGAAUCUGACGUGCAGAGCUUGGAGAGUCCACAGGAGGUGCUGUCCCUCACAGAAAGUCUGGUGGAGGUGCAGCAGUUCCAUGUACAACUUGCCAAAAGGGCAGAGCAGAAGACAACACUCCUUAGCAAGACGCAAACUUGGCUUGAGGAGCAUCAGGAAAUGAUCAACAGCUCCAAAAGUUGGAUGUCCGACUCCCAGUCGUGGCUGGCCACUCCCCGCACUUACACCAGGGCUAAAUGUCUGAGUGAUCACGUUGGAGCUCUGCAGACGGCGUUGAAUGACUCGGAGCAGAUCCGAACCGCCUUGCAGGGUUUCUCUUCAGUCCUGGAUCAAAUGUCUCAAGUAGUUGAGGUCUCGACUCUUCGGGAACAAUUGUUGGAAGCCGACCUCCAAGUGGCAGCCGUUCAGGAUAGCUUUGCGGCACCGUUGUCUCGACUUGAGCGAGCUGCUGCCGAGGUGGACAUGAUGGAGACUGAGGUCAGAAAGAUGGAGAAUAGCAUUGCUGAGAUGAAGACCAUCUUCUAUUCUCCAGAGACGUUGCCCAGCCCCAAGGAGAAACAUCUGAAGAUGGUAGAGCAGAGGAUCUUAUCCCUGAGGAGCAGCAUAGCUGACAUCCAGAAAUCCAAACUGAACCUUCAUCUUCCAGAGAAGGCAGAGGAUACCUUGACUGUCUUUAGUGUCAUCGAUCAGCUACAAACUUUGCUGGUGGAACUGGAGAAGAAGGUUCCAACUCUGUUCAUCCAGCAGCUUCCGGCUCAGACUCAACAUACUCAACGGGUUCGAGGGAAAGCUCAGGCAGGACUAGAAAAUCCCAGCUCAGAAGAGUCUGAGGAGAGUGAUCCCGAGCCGGGCCGCAUCAGGAUUGCCCACACCGAGGACGAUUUGCAACAAUGUUCUGGAGCCUCGCCAAUGACGGCGGAAAGUGCGACACCUGAGCAGAAAUACUCGGGAAGAGAUGACAGUACCCCGCGCGGGGGUGACGGCGAUGGCGGCGUUGGCGGUGGUGAGGCGCUCGCAGCUGAGGAGGCCUGUCAGGAAGUGGGAGGGCAGGUGCAGGAACUCAAGGCAGGUGCAGGAGGUGUUUUGUGGUGGCUCUGGGAUACUUUCCAAGGUGCUUCUCCAGAGGAAGUCGGCAGAGAUAGGGUCGCAGAAAGGACCCGAGCUUCAAACACUCAAAGUCUACAGGAGUCCGGCGGUCCCGAUGAGAGCUCUUCCGAGGCUAUAUCCUCCACCCCGGACUCAGUCAGAUGUCAGAACGUCGCCGAUCGCAUGGUAAACACCUCCACCGUCUCCAAAGCUGAGGCCGGUUCCCAGCAGAGAUGUUUGCUCUGCUAGUUGUAGUA